UAAACUAUAUUAAUGAUGGAAAUCUUCAGUUGCAGCUCAGAUGGGAUUCUUGAAUUGGAGCCAAUGAAUCCAUACCGUCGCCUUCUCAUGCAUCGUCUUGCAGACAUAUUUGGCUUUGCCCAUGAAUCUGUUGGUGAGGGUGAUGAUCGGCACUUGAUCUUAGAGCGACGUCCAGAUACAUCAAUACCUUCCAUUCUUGUCAGUGACAUCUUGUGGCACUAUGAUGAGCCUCAGUCUGUCUCAGUGUCCCACCAGUUACUGAGGAGAGAAGAAUCUCAAUCAGGUAAAGGAUUUUCAGCUUCUCACUUGCUCAAAAUUUAUGAAUUUGUCACGCAACUUUUAUAUCCCUGUCCUUUUCACCACUGAAGCCAACAAAAAUGUGACUAAUAUGCUAAG